CCGAGCCAGCAAAACCACCAGAUCACACAGAGCGAGGCGAAGACUACCCAACAAAUUCGAGUUUUUAAUUCUUUGUCAUCUCCUCGAUAACUUGUUACCUCCAAACUCGAUAUCAUCUUAUCUAAAUUCUAAGUGACGCCAAAAACCCAUUCGCGGAUUCGGCCGAGAAGGUCCGAAAGAAGAGAAAAAUUUUCGUGUGGAGUGAGGAAUUCGUAGCGAGGUCCUCUUUAAAUUCAAGUGUGUGUCAAGGGACGGAGGAGGCAGCUGCGAUUUUGUUCCUAACACUUGACCCCGAAAAAUGAAACCAGUAUGAAAAUAGAUCGCACGAAAGCCAAACGAGGCACGACGGAGGUGGUAAGAAUUCCUCCGGAGUGCAAAGGUCUCAUAGAAAAGUUCAAAGCUUGCAAUAAUGUGGAUAAGACGAUUCAUUGUGGCACCGAGCAUGCCGUCAUCCAAGUGCUCGACAGCAUAAAUAUCUGGACGUAUGGAAAAUGUGAGCUCUACCACUUCAUCGAUGUGCUCGACCUGUUUGAUUCCAUCCUUCAAAAGGCCACCGUGCGCAAUGGGACGAGCUGGGCGAUGGCGUGUGACCUGCAUGAUGCGAGCGGGCCGGUGUUGCAAGAAUGCGUGAAAAAGAUCUGUAUCUUCACCUCCAUCCUGAUUGAGCACUCUUUUUCACGAACAGUCUACAACUCAAUGGAGCACCUGGCCGCGUUGUUGAACUCGAUUAACUUGUCCGUCGUACUGGAAGUGCUUCAUUUACUCUACAUGUUCAGUAAACGAAGCAAUUUCCUCACACGGUUGUCUGAAGACAGGAGAGACGUGCUGCUGGGGAGAUUGGCACUUCUCGCUGAGAGCUGGGGUGGAAAGGAGGCUGGAUUUGGUCUUGCUGUGUGCUGUCUUCAAACCCAACUCCAGGACUUUCCAACUACUGCCACCACAGUUCAUUUAGAGUUUGCCAAGGUCGUUGCUGAGCCGAACGUUGCGCGCUGGAAGCAAGGUGACACCUGGCAGGUGAUACAUAUCGAAAACGUUCACACUCUUGCUGGCACUCCAGCCGACAUUUUAGACGACAUCGUCGCCCAGUAUCAAGUCCCUCCUGAGAAACAGCUGGUCCUGUUCACUCAUCUCCGCCUAGCGUAUAACUUUCCUCACUGGGGGCAGAGGGUCCAGUUGAUCCAGGCACGUCUUCAAGCCUUGUCCAUCCUCGUGUACGCCAACGCCAUCCAGGACAACACGCAGCAACUACUGUACAACGGCCUCAUGGAGGAACUGGUCGACGUCUUAGAGCUGGACAGAUCCUACUUGACCGAGAUCAAAGCCGCCGCGUUAAAAACUCUUACAUCCAUCAUCCAUUUAGAUAGGGCUCAAAAUUUUCCAAGUAUAAUUGAUGCGACGGGAGCCGGUUCCUACCAUGGAUUCUUGCCAGUCAUGGUGCGAACCUGUAUAGCGUCUCUGACGUCGUGUAAACCGAACGAACUGCACACGUACCCGCUCUCAUUGGCCACCUCCUUGUUCAGUUUCCUCUACCACCUGGCCAGCUACGAGCUCGGAGGGGAAGCUCUCGUCAACUGCGGAAUUCUCGAGAGUCUCCUCAAAGUCGUAAACUGGAACACGGUCGAUGUAGAGCAAAUUACGUUUGUAACUCGAGCUGUACGAGUCAUUGAUCUCAUUACCAAUAUGGACAUGCAAGCAUUCCAAGCACACAAUGGGCUCACAUCAUUCGUCAACCGGUUAGAGAUGGAAGUGAACGCUUGUAGAAACGACCAGCCCUUCGAGAUCGUUGCACGCCACUCGUUCUCCAACCCACAGUCUUCCUCCAGUAUGUCAGAGAUUGGCGGUGCUGGGCGGGAAGAUAACGCAGACGUCCCCAUGGACACGGACGUCAGUGGGAGUCAGACUGAUUUAAGUAGUGAUCUUUUCGUUCCGAACUUUCUCUGGAGAGGGAAUAGUUCAGCUAACUUUAUCCCGAACGGGACGACCUGUCUCACCCAACGGGCCGCCUUGUUGAAGUCGAUGUUGAACUUCUUGAAGAAAGUGAUUCAGGAUCCGGCCUUUUCCGACGGGAUUCGCCACAUUAUGGAAGGCUCCCUCCCGGGGGCACUAAAGCACAUUAUCAGCAAUGCCGAGUACUAUGGGGCGUCCCUCUUCAUCCUCGCCACGGACAUAGUGACCGUGUACGUGUUCCAAGAGCCGUCGUUACUGUCAACACUACAAGACAGCGGGUUGACAGAUAUCGUGUCAGAAGCUCUGCUGGUGAAAGAUGUUCCACCCACCCGCGAAGUGAUAGCGACGAUGCCAAACGUUUUUUCCGCCUUGUGUCUGAACAACCGGGGUUUGCAUGCGUUCAUCAAGUACCAACCGUUCAAGAAGCUGUUCCGUAUGCUGAUUUCUUCCGACUACUUGCCCGCUAUGCGACGCCGCCGUACCGCCGAACCAAUGGGCGACACGGCGUCAAACCUGGGCAACUCUGUCGACGAGUUAAUGAGACAUCAGCCUAGUCUCAGAGUGGUCGCCAUGCACUCAAUGGUGGAGCUGUUGGAAGAACUAUCAAAUAUCGGAUCUAGUCCACGUGCCCUCGCAAAAACUCACUACAAGCCGGCGACACUGCCCAUUGUGAACUCGACUGCGCGGAGUGGGGCGUCGGAGGGUGGAAGUAGUGAGGAUGAAGAUGACGAUGAUGAGGAAACCUCCACCGCCUCACAUUCCCAACCCGUACCUUCCACUUCCUCCAGUCGCGACGAAGUGGCGGCGGACGGGACACAGUCGUCGUCUUCCAAUGCGGAAGACAAAUCGCCUAUUCCUUACAUGGAUUACGUCCUAAAUGUGAUGAAGUGCUUAGAUGCAAUACUCAGCAAUAAUUCGACUGACGAUCACUGCCGUGAGUUUGUACGGCAAGGGGGACUCACCGUCCUUAUGUCGAUCUUGUCCAAGAAUACGCUCCCACUCGACUUCCCAGCCUCACCGGCCUGUCAAGCAACCGCAUCCGUGUGUCGCUCUAUUCUGACUUUGGCACACGAGGGACUUGUCCUAGACCGCGGAAUUGACGCCAUGUUGCCGAUAAUGAACCGUACGCAAAAGUUGAACGAUCCGUUCCCUUAUCCCGGCAGUAGUGUCCUCCUCCGCGAGCUUGCCGACUCUACAAAUCCCGCGGAAGCUGUGAACGAUCCAUACGAGACGCCCGCACUGCAUGGAAUCAUCUCCAUCCAUUCCAUGAUCACCAUGUUCAUCCAUGUUUGUCGAACGGGACAGACUGACAUUCGAACUCUAGUGGUGAAAGCGUGGGGGAACGAUCAGGGAAUUGAUCUGCUCAAACAACUGUCCCAACUCUACUUGAACUUGGUGUGGGAAAGUACCGUGUUGUUGUCCCUCUGUGGCGGCGAAUAUCAACCGGGAACGGUCGAUUUUGGGAAGGAAGACUUGGAGAAACUAAUUCCACCUGAAGGACUGAAGGAGGCGGAAGUGAGUCUGACCAAGACGACGGAACAGAUGGCUGUCGACCCACAAGCGGUAUCGUCUUCAGAUCUGACCGCGGUCACAACCCCGUCCGAAUCUUCGUCCUCGACUGGGAUGGAAGUCGACCCACCUGCGGCGGACGUUGCGCAACGCGUCCUCGUCAACUCAUCCACGCAAACCACAAUGACCUCGACGCAUCUACAGAUGAAAGAGAUUAGCAGUGCCACUCUGCAAAACUAUGCCAAACUGAUCAAGCCGAUAUUAAGCGCGUCUUCCAGAUUGGGGAGGGCUCUGACUGAAUUCUUCGGACUGCUCGUCAAGUUGUGCGUGGGGUCUCCGCUGCGCCAACGACGCGGCCACCACGUUCCCCAAGUGCCUGGGGUGAUCGUUCCUGGCGCCAUCCCGGUGGCCACGACGCUCGCCAACCUACUAACUCUUGCCCUAAACUGGGAGCCGAAAAUGAACUCGCCAGUCCCCCGAAUCACAUUUAGCAUAUGUGCCGUCGGCUUCUCAGCUCCACUUCUCUUCGACGAAAAGAAAUUUCCUUACCACCUCAUGCUUCGCAAGUUCAUGGAAGCCGAUGGGCUGGAUGCCAUCUUCAGGAUUUUCUAUAGGGCAAUGAUCCCUCCAAUGUGGUCUUAUACACCCGGCCCUCUACUCAUUAAUGAACAUCAGUUACAAUUUUUGGAAUCGUGGCUCCUCCUGAUUGAGAAGUUUGCCAACCCGAAAACCAUUUUGGAUAAUCAACACCUCUUACAGACAAAGUCACUCAUGCUAACUCAGUCUCCAGAGUUUGAUGCGAACGCCUUCCUUGCUCAUAUUCACAAGAAAUCAUUCGAUGCUAUCGUCCACAUGUUGAAGCAGUACGGUUCAAAGAAUUUGGGAGUCCGUUCGAUCGAAUCCCUUUUGACGAUUUUGUGCUACGUGUUCCGUUUUAAGAGAGGACAGACAAAACCAGGUAAUCAAGCCACCUCGGAAGCUACUUCAUCAACGAAAGAGUCGAAAGAAGUUCAAACCUCAGAAGCGGUUCAACCCUCCACAGCUCCGGUCGUCUUGACCAUUCCUAAGGUUAACGCUCCCUCACCCGCAACAAAUCAGGCUGGACCCUUACCCGGUCGACCACCCAGGCCCAUCCCACCGACCGGAAUUAUCGACCCUGCCAAUAUUUCUGACAGCACCCCACAAGCGGCUUUCUACCACCACGGUUCCAUCUUUCCGCUCGGCCCAGCCCUGGUGCCUAUCACAGCACCUCACAGCCUCGAGCCACGCCCGUUGCCAGUACCAACUCCAGUAGUAGAAUCUGAAGACGACGAACGCGUACCCGCAUUACUAACGAUCAACGAAUUGAGGAACAUGGAGGCAUUGAGGGCGCUUGGUCCUUUAUCGUCAACAGAGGCUUCCGUUGCCACGGCGUUGACGAUACUUGCAAGGCCUCCGGAGGGUGUUCCUCCCCUACCUGGGGGACAGAUCGCAGAUGCAAAUACUCAAAUAGUGGAUCGAAUAGAUGCCGCUGAGCGCCUUGGAGUGGAUUUGAACCAUUUGGAACAAUUGAUGGAAAUGGGUUUCCCACUAGAAAUAUGUGUUGAAGCCUUAGUCACAACUAGUAACAUAAUGCUGGCGACGGACUAUUUGUUGAGUAAUGCGAGGGCUACAGUUGGAGGUGCGAGUAGUGGAAGUGCUGGCAGCAGUAAUUCCAUUGCCAGAGAUAAUAGCACUCUACCGCCAACCGGGAGUCAUGAAAGAUUGACAGCUUUAUUAAAACUGUUCACUGAUAAGGAGAAGGCGAAAGAGGCAGCAAAAGCGGCAGAGGCUGCGGCAUUUUCAAAAUCCAUUUUUGAUAAUUUGGAGUCCUUGACACCCGAAGUGAUUGAUGACUUUGCCACCGAUGUGUUUGAGCUGUGCAUGGACAUUUUAGAUAAAAUUCCAGAGUCUGUGUUUCGAGUUUGUGAGCUCUUAAUUGCUGUCGGGCAAAGGAAAGGGAUGCUUUGGUUGGAAGAGACGUUGUGGAAAAUUAUUAAACAGAGUUACAACGACAUUUUUCUCUACGUAAAACUUUUGGAGAAAGGAACGGACGGCUUGGCUCCGGUAACAUUGGGCACGGGUCCGAAACAGUUUGGAUACCGGAUGCACCUCUUUUCCCUCUUGUCCGAUGAAAUGACAUUUCUCUGCGGAAUGAUUUUGGAACAGAGCGACAUUCCAAACUCGAUAGUCCGUCUAAUCAAAUACUACGAACGUGCGCUCAAUUCUGCCACCACGGAGCAGCUCGUAGCCUCUGGGAUUAUGAAGAAUGGCGUUUUACAGUCUCCGCCCUGGUUGGCGCCUACGUUUUUACUCUUGGAUCUUUAUCAAAAAGCGGUGGCGUUGAGCAACAGGAAAUACUUGUUGGAAAAUGAUACGGACUACCGCUGGAAAUGGUUUGACAUCAAUUCUGGCAAGUGGUGCCCCUACUCUUCCACGAACAAUACUGUAAUCAACAAGGCCUUCUGGGAUGGGGACAGCACCGUCCGCAUAACUGCCGGGCGACGCCGCUAUGUUAUCAACUUCAACGCAAUGAUUCAGCUCAACGAGGAGACUUCGAACCGCCGUCCCAUCACGCUCUGGCUAGCGGAUCCGGCCCCCGUCCUACCAUCUCUUCAAUACUUACCAACUACCAACAGACGUGUCGGCUAUUCUGAAAAGAUGACGGGGAUCGGUCCUCAUCCACUCGUUGAAUCAGAAGACGUUCGACCAAAAGAUCCAGAUCGUCACACUUUUCUAGGACAAGGACGAGGGACGACAAAUUCUACAGAGAAGCAAAUGCGUUAUACCCGAGAAAAGUUAGAGUUUUUUAAGACAUUGCUCCGGGACGACGUUCAUGAUCUUGUCAAAUGUUCCGUGAGCUUUAUGAAACACCCCAUCGAGCCAGAAUUCCUCCACGCCCUGAUGAGAUUUUGUCUUCGAGCUACUCGUGAUCACGAGGUGGCCGUGACGUUUGCAAAUGCUGGCGGAAUCCAGCUUGUGCUAGAUUUGACGCAAAACUCCAACUUUCCUGGAGUUCUACCCCUCUCGAAUCUGCUGAUUAGACAUGUAAUCGAGGAUCGAGGCUGCUUAAGAUAUGCAGUGGAAAAGAUGAUUCGAGCCAAAGUAUUGAGCACAGGUGCAUCGACAUGCAAAGAGCUCCACUACCUGCUCCGCGUCCUCGCUCCGAUCGCCUGCCGCUGUCCCGACCUCUUCGUCUCCGUGGCGAAAGAGAUUCUCCAAGUCGAUCUAAACUUUGUGACUCGACGAGAGGAAGAUUUGAGACUGAUCGUGAAAGCCGUCCCAUGCAAGCAGGAAAGCUUAAUUACCACGAUGGGUGACGCCGCGAAGAAUGUAAUCCAACAGCUCCUGGUUACUCUCACGCUGAACAAUCCAGGCGAUGGGGACCAACAAUCGUCUGUUAAUAAGGAGGAAGAAGCUGCCGGAAAAACAUCUUCUCAAGUGAAGAUGAUUAAUACAGAUGAAAUGAUGGAUACGGACACAAACUCGAAGCCGGUGAAGGAUUUGGGCGAUGUCAUGAAAAAGAGGAGACUGAUUCCGAAAGAUGCGAUUUGUCAAUUGUUAGCCGAAUCUGUCCAUUCCUACUCGUACUCGUGUAAGAUCAUAGCAGAGUACAACUUCCAAGGGGGAACUAGCAUCCAUGUCACAGAGGACUGUACCGCUUUGGCCUUCCUCCUGGACAAGAUGCUCCCUCCGGGACAGACCGUGUCAGAGAAGGACUGCUCAAUCGUGGUGCGCGACCUAAUUUCGGCCAUGUCUGGCUGUAACCAUCUCCCCGACGCGCAAGCCAUCGUCGUCUCGGAAGUCAAGGCUGCCCUUCAACGAGCCCUCGCCAUGAAGGAAAGUGUAGAAAAGCAUAACAGAAUUCAAGCCCUUGCAGGCCUUAUUUGCAACAUGAUUGAAGGCUGUUCAUCCGCCCCUGCGACACAGAUGGUCACAAUCGUAAAGCCGACACAAUUAUGCAUGAACCAAGUGGUGCGUCUGCUAAUAAGGAAAAACGUGAUUGUGGACUUGACCCGGAUUUCCCACAGUUUGGAUUUAUCAAGUCCUCAGAUGGCGGCGACAAUCAAUGCGGCGUUGAAGCCGUUGGAAGUAAUUUCUCGAAUUGUAAAUCAACCGGCGCCAUCAAAUCCGCACCGUGUAAAACCAAAGGCGGAGAGCGCAGUGUUGGACUCUGUGAAUAAUACUCAUACGGGUGGCACUAGCAACUCGGAGUUAACUCAUGCUCAAGGAGAGGAGACUGUGGAAGAUGCCGACAAUACGGAACAUGACAUUUCCGCUGCGGCCGAAAGUAUUUUGGAUGCCACGUCUGAAAGUCACACUCAUCACGAUCCAGCCGAAGAGAGGGAAGACGACGUCCUGGACGAUAUUAUGGAUCACUUACUAGAAAGAGAUGCCAAUGCACACAGUGAUGAACAACUCUUUGCCGACGCCUUGAUGGCAGAUGCUACUAGCAAUCGUAUGGAGACCGAGCAGGACGGAACUGCUCGAGAAGACCGAGAGUUUGGAGAACGCGCUGGGUUUAACGUAGACCACGGCGACAAUGACACGUCAGACUCGGACUCUGAAGACUCAGAAGGUGACGACGAUGAGGAUGAUGAGGACGGGAAUGGGAAUAACGUUGGGGAAGAAGAAGAUGAUGAUGACGAGGAAGAAGAGGAUGACGAUGACGAGGAGGAGGACGCUGUGUCGACCGACGAUCGUGACCACGACCACAUGAUGGACGAGGGCUUUAUGCGCUUCCCUGGAAUGGACCGGGAUGAGGACUUGCUCGUCGUUCAGUACGGUCAUGAUGAAAACACUCCCGUUUUCUUUACUAACAAUGCAAGCUACAAUUUCAACGUCGGCUUGUUCGAUGAUCCGCUAAUUAGCGAACAUGCAAGUGGUCUUCGCCUCAACCAUCCGAUGCUCACUCCUCCCGUCGUGGAUACUCCCACCAUUGGACCCAUCACUGCACGAGGUCAUCGUGCCGCUCGAAAUAGACGCUUCCAGUACAUUCAUCUUCCAAGAAACCCGCCCCCAUCAAUUCAGAGACUUCUGGGACCAUCCACUGCUCAAGACGCGAUGCAGUUCACCUCAGGACAAUCCUUUAAUCAUGGGCUAGGAGUACAAAAUCCGGCCAGAGUGCUCAUGUUAGAUGCUGCAGUGGAUCCCACCGUAGCAAGAAAUGGAGGGUCCGGAAAUAACAGCUACCUCUCCAACUACACCGCUUUACACUGGUGGUGCGAAGAGUCCAAGGUUUUGGAUGGAGAGUCGAUGCACGAUUGCGUCAUUGCUUUGAAACGACCCAUCGUCGAAACCAUUGAGACCGAGCGAGACAGGGCGUUUGCCGCCCGGCGUGAAAAGAAGGCUGAAGAGGCAAAGAAGAAAGUGGAAGCCGCCGGAGUAGCAAAAAAUGCUAACAACCCAGAAGUCGUUUCCAUUUCAGAAAAUUCUCGACCUACAAAUAGCACUGCAACGACAACUACGACGACGAUGGACAUUUCUACCACCACAGUGGCUACAACUACUACGACGACGGCGACCACCACGACAGCAGCACCUGCAGCAUCGAGUGGUGCUUCUACGAGGGUUACGCCCUUCGAAAAUGAUUCUGCCACCACCACAAACCCUUCGUCUUCUGACACAGCAGAAACUAGCAAUGCUACCGCGUCCAACUUCAACUCAACUUUUACGCCCAACAACACUGAACAAACCUUCAUGAACAACAUUCCCGUAAUUCGAUAUACUGCAUCAUUGAGAAAUGUAUCUCGGCACGUCAACGAUGAGGGCGCUGCCUCGGCAUCAACUCCUAAUGAAGAGAAGGACGAAGAUGAACACGAGUCGGACAUGGAUGUGACAACUGAGGAACCGUCCGAGCCACCACCCCCUCCUCCGACAACCUCCGCAACCACGACGCCCACCAGUGCGCCUGCAACUUCCUCAUCGCCCGCUACGAGUUCGACUAAUUCCACUGGACGUCCCCGUUCAGGCAGAGGUAGACGCCAGUCAGGCACUCCAGGAGAACGAAGGCAAGGACGUCGUCAAGGGCUACGCAGUUCUGCCCGACUCGCAGCUGCACGAACGUCCGAACACAAUGCGAUCGCUUCACCAGGCAGUGGACGCAAUCCAUCUAGCUUGUCGCCACAACAUGGUGAUGGAUCAUCAGACACGGGAACCGUCGUGGCUGGAGACACAUCAGCAAACGACGAUCAGUCCAACGAGUCGGAGGAACUGAUGCCGAUAAGUUCUGAGGCAGCAAGAGAUUCUGAUGGUCUGUCGCCUAUUCCACCCCUCUAUGACAUGAGGAAUGAGAAUAAUGUGGGAGAAGGAGAAGUCGCCGGACCAUCGGGAACCCAAUCGAUUGAAGACUUUAGAAAUGUUUUGGGAGAUAUCGUCAUUCCUGAUGGGGUGGAUCCAUCCUUCUUGGCCGCCUUGCCCGAGGAGAUGAGACAGGAAGUGAUUUCAGAGCAUUUGAGAUUGCAAAGACUUCGUCCAGCGCGCGCUGCACCUGCCGACGUCGUAGAAGUGGUCCCCGUGACCGAUGUAAGCCCCGAAUUUUUGGCCGCUCUUCCUCCCUCCAUUCAAGAAGAAGUUUUGGCUCAACAGCGACUCGAACAACAGCGCCGUGUCGCUACGACAAGUAACCCGAACGAUCCCGUUGAUACGGAAGCCUUUUUCCGCAAUCUUCAACCAGCACUACGUCAAGCGAUCUUGACUGACAUGGAUGAAUCUCAAAUCGCCGUACUUCCCGCCGACUUGGCGACUGAAGCGCAAGGACUUCGACGUGAAUGGGAGUCGAGAAAUCGGCAGCUUUUGCACGAGCGAUUCUUUAGUCAUGGCUACACAGCAGGGUCCGCGCUGUCAUCAAUUUUAAGAAACAGUGGAAUGAGGAUCACUUCUCGCUACGGACUCCAAACCACAAUUGCCGGACGUCCCGCUUGGGCACAACCAUGGCCUCGUGGUCCCGCCGCCAUCGCUGCGCAACACAUGUUAAUGACGAGCAAGAUCAAAGGGAAGCAGCUCGUGGAUAAUGAGGCCUUGUCCUGUCUUUUGGUCCUCCUCUUCCUCGAUGACCCUCGUCUCAACACCGGUCGCCUUCACAGGGUUCUCCGAAACCUCUGCUAUCACGCCAACACGCGCCAGUGGGUCAUCAGGUCUCUCCUCUCCGUGAUGGAGCGAGCCAACGAGUGUAGCCGACUACCCCACCAAAUCCUAGCAUUAGCUUCCUCAUCCUCGGCUAUCCAAAUCAAGGAGGAGCCCAACGUCGGAUCCUCUAAUCCAUCCAUUCCAACAUCCGAUAAGGACAACACCACGAAACAAUUGGUUCCCAUCUCUGUUACCCCGUCUUGGCUUAAUCUGAGUCUCGACGCGGCGCUGGGUUGCCGAGCGAGCGUGUUCGAAAUUCACAAGUCCGCUAUUACCACUGGGAAGAAGGGUGGAAUUGAGAAUCGGAUAAUUUCCAUUCAUGCUCAAGCCGUACCAUCAAUUUCUAAACACACGCUCGACGUGUUGAGCAAUCUCGCUAAAAGUUUCCCUACCCACUUUUUGCCAGCCAAGGCGAAACCUUCGCUCUACUGUCACGAGUCGAGUAGCAAGAUUUACAAUUUGAUUGAGCGGAAACCACCAACACCACCGCCAGAGGCGAAAAAGGCUGGGGCGUCGCCGGGUAAAAAGUCUGACGUUCCGGAAUUCUGGGAGAUUUUGUUAAAACUGGAUUCUGCCACGUCGUCGAGAAAGGGAAAACAUGUGGCGAAGGCGCACGCGAACCUCAACGUGACGAUUGACCAAGGAAGUCCAGCCGUGUCAUUUGAAGCGUCUCCCUUCGGCCAACUGAUCAACAUGCUGUCGUAUGGCUGCAUCCGACGCAGUACGCUGCUUACGGACAAACUCCUCCGGCUUCUUUCUCUGAUCUCUCUCGGUAUCCCCGACACGUCCGGCUUUGGGAGGAAAGUGCUUCUUGAAGAACCCGUCCAUCCCCAGGACGCGUCGCUGCUCAUCACAGAGUCUCACCUAAGACUGAUUGUGGAAGUGAUUACGUCCAAAAACUGUACGGAAGAGGGUCUCGAAGAAGCGACGUCACUAUUGCUCAAUUUAUCCUAUGGACCACCACUGGUUCGGGAUAAGAUCUUGAACCUCUUGAUGGAGGGAGUUCGAGAACUCGGGAACGUUGUUUGUGCACACAUUGCUAGUCUUCAAAAUGAAUUACGUUCAUUGCGAAAAGAGCCACUGGUCAGUGAAGCCGCCGCCGCUGCUGCUGCUGCUGCUGCUUCUUCUUCUUCCUCCGCCGUCGCCGAGUCAGAUUCACAAGCUGGCGGACACAGUAGUAAUUCAACUGCAGGCAGUGAUCCGGAUGACAAACCAUUCAAGGGGACGUUAAUGGACAGAUUCACUAAGGACACCGUAGUGAUUCAGCCCAGUUCUAAGAACAAGGCAGCCUAUGAACUGCAACUACCCUCGAUGACUGCGCUGACUUCGAAAACUUCGUCUCAAUCCUUUUUCCUCCGAUUGUUGAAGGUCAUCAUCUCUUUGCGGGAAUCGAUCGAGACGGCAAUCAAGAAAUACAAAAUGAUGUCCGGCCCCAGUGCGACGUCUUCUUCGCUGAGUGGACCCCUCAUGUCGAGCACGAUUAUGGCCGGAGACCGCUCUCUGCUUCAAGCCGUGACCGCUGGGAUGCCAGAAUCUGCCUCGCGCGACUUUCAGGCCGCCUUUGAACGCGUCGUUAACUCGUCGCGAAUCCGUCUCAGUGAAGAACAGCCAAUGGAUGUAGACCAAGAUCCAUCAGAUGCUGGCGAAGCGGCGCCCCCGGCGGCGGCAGAGCCAGUACGAACCACGACCGGAACGAACCGAGGUCUUGAAGCAAUGGUCGAUAUUGACGAGAGUAGCGAUGAGGAUGAUGAUGACGUCGUCCUGCCGGGAGAUGAAGAUGUACCCCCGCUCGCCCCAAGCAACCACCCCCGUGGAAAUGUCGACGUCAGCAAGUUGCUCCCGAGGUUGAGCUCGCUCUUGGACUUGGAGAAAUUGUGGGAGACGUUGAGUGAGUGUCUGUUGGAGUUGGGACAUACGCCAGAUCAUCAUGCAGUGUUGGUGUUGCAGCCUGCAGUGGAAGCCUUCUUCCUCGUCCAUGCCUCAUCUGUGGAUAAGGAGGAGAAAAACUCGACGGCGGAAUCAAGGGAAGCGCAGCUGGCCCAUCUGCAGCAAGACCUUCCCCCCGUAUCCCCCAUUGAGGCCACGUCGGAAAAUCGGAACCUGGUCGACACUGAGAUGACAGAGGCUAGCGGUUUCGGAAUGUUGGAUGUCACUCAGCAAAACUCGACCAUAGUUAGUCUCGAUACACAAAAGUUUUUGAAGUUUGCGGAAACUCAUCGCACCGUGCUGAACCAAAUUCUGCGCCAGUCUUCCUCCAAUUUAGCGGAGGGGCCGUUCUGUGUCCUGGUCGAUCACACACGGGUGUUGGACUUUGACGUGAAGCGGCGCUACUUCCGGAACGAAUUGGAACGCCUGGACGAAGGAGUGCGACGCGAAGAUCUGGCGGUGCAUGUAACAAGAUCACAUGUUUUUGAGGACUCUUUCCGUGAACUGCACCGAAAACCAUCAGAAGAGUGGAAGAAUCGCUUCUAUAUCGUCUUUGAAGCGGAGGAAGGUCAGGAUGCGGGUGGACUGUUGCGAGAGUGGUAUGUGAUCAUAUCCCGAGAAAUCUUCAACCCGAUGUACGCCCUCUUCACCAUCUCUCCCGGCGACCGUGUCACUUACAUGAUCAAUCAACUUUCCCACUGCAACUCGAACCAUUUGUUCUACUUUAAGUUCGUGGGGCGCGUCAUUGCGAAAGCCAUCUACGACAAUAAGCUGCUCGAAUGCUACUUUACGCGCUCCUUCUACAAACACAUUCUUGGUAAGCCUGUGCGCUACACGGACAUGGAGAGUGAGGACUACAGCUUCUACCAGGGGCUCGCCUUCCUCAUGGAGAACACGGUGGAUGAACUUGGAUACGAGCUCACUUUCAGCACAGAGGUUCAAGAAUUUGGAGUUACCGAGAUUCGGGACUUGAUCCCCAACGGACGGAAUAUCCCUGUCACUGAGGUUAACAAAAUGGAAUAUAUCCGCCUUGUCUGCCAGAUGAAGAUGACGGGCGCGAUACGAAAGCAGUUGAACGCAUUUUUGGAAGGUUUUUACGACAUAAUUCCGAAACGACUGAUUUCGAUAUUCAACGAGCAAGAGUUGGAACUGCUCGUCUCCGGCUUACCUAAUAUUGACAUUGAAGACUUGAAAGCAAACACCGAGUAUCACAAGUACCAAGUGAACUCUCUACAAAUUCAGUGGUUUUGGAGAGCUUUAAGGUCCUUUGACCAAGCGGACAGAGCGAAAUUCCUCCAGUUUGUGACUGGAACGUCCAAAGUGCCUCUUCAAGGAUUUGGUGCCCUUGAAGGAAUGAACGGUGUGCAGAAAUUUCAAAUUCAUCGCGACGACCGGUCCACGGAUCGUCUUCCUAGUGCACACACCUGUUUCAAUCAAUUGGAUCUGCCUGGAUAUGAGACUUACGACAAGCUGCGGAGUUACCUUUUGAAAGCCAUUCACGAAUGUUCUGAGGGAUUUGGUUUUGCUUAAGAAAAUAAGAAAUUGAUAUCCCCAUGCAAAGUGAAACUAAAUUAUGCGUGAUACUACUAAAUACAUACAUAAAAAUACUACUACUAAAUUACUUUUUACAAAAAAAGUCCGUACCUUUUUCAGUAUCUCUAUACAAAAAGUCGACACGUAUGUAAUGCUAAAAUUAUAAGUGAUAAAAUACGUUAAAUUAUUAAAUUUUGUGUGGUUGUUUGUCAUGAUAUGAUGUCUGAAAAAUAUAAUAAAUUGAGAAAAAUCUUGGAUUAAAAAAACACAGUUUUUCUCCGCUUACAACAAAUGGACUAUUCAAAUAAAUAAUUAAGCAACACUUUUUUUAAGUACUCAUGAAUAUGAUAAGCGAUGCGUCGAUUUGUUUGUGUAAUAAUAAUGAUACCUCCUUCAGCAAUUGUAAUAAUAAUAAUAAUAAUAAAUACUAUUGUAUGACAUGAUGAUUGCAGUAAAUAAUUAA